AUGCGGGUAUACCUGGAUCCCACGCACAACCAUUACUACAAUAACGAUGGGGCUCCCCCAAAGCUCGAUAGUGAGGAGGUACACCAUGUUUCUGGGAGUGUCAUAAUGGGAAAGCUUGGUAACGAGACAGCAAACGACAUGGAAACUCUUGCACACUAUGACUUUGCGCUUCCCGGAAAAGACGAGAGACUAGCUCUCAAGUCGUACUUCCAUCUUACAUCUCGAUUAUAUCCUUGUGGAGAGUGCGCCGCAGAAUUUCAAAUGCUACUUCGAGACCAUCCACCUCAGACCUCCUCGAGAAAGGCUGCCUCUCAAUGGCUAUGCUAUGUCCACAAUCUGGUUAACAAGAGACUAAAAAAGGAAGAAUUCGAUUGCACAAAACUGGAUGAUACCUACGACUGUGGUUGUGAUGUAUGA